AUGAAACCUGACUUGACUGUAAAGGAGAGGGAUGAGCGAGAACAUUCGGCUAGGGCAAGCAAGCACAAAAGUGCAGUCAGCAUAAGAGCGAACCAUCUCAAUAAGGGAAGAGCCGGGGCAUCUUCACAUACGACGCCAUUUUCGGAUCUGUCAUUUCGGGCGGGUGGAGUGAAAAGAGAAGGCAAUGAAAAGGACUUUCUAGCCGGCUCUUCUAUCUACGCAAAUGGAAGAGAUGUAUGCUCUCAAGCCGGUGCGGAGAAAAAGGCUGGCAGCUUUCCCGUCGCUUCCCUUACCUUACCUUCUAAGCCGAUUUCGAAAUGCGUUUACUUCCAAGCCCUUUCUGGCGGCUAG